UGAAGAAUAGCUGGGUUGGCUCACGUGUAUCAAACAAAACACCGACAUGUCUGCAGUUUAACGGGCUCGGUCAGCAUCAGUGAAGCUUGGGCCCUGACCCCCUCCCCUCGACAUUAAUCGUUUUCCCCGCGAACGUCCACGACAGCUCAAGUGAACACACCACCUUGUGAGACAUGGCGGAGGGAGGCUUUGACCCUUGUGAGUGCGUCUGCACCCAUGAGUAUGCAAUGAGGCGCCUCAUCAACCUGCUCAGGCAAUCUCAGUCCUACUGCACAGACACAGAGUGCCCAUUGGAAUUGCCAGGUCCAGGUGGGUCAGUCGGAGGAGGUGGUGACCUGACCCUCCCCUUGGUUGUGAUGGGAUGGAUGGUGCUGGCUCUGCUCCUGUUCCUGCUGCGUCCAUCCAGUCUCAGGGGUCCCCGUCCCACAGGAAAACCCGGACCGCACAAUAGAGGUGGGAGAGAGCCCCCAGCACCACCUGUUGACUAGCAGUGGAGCCAAAGAACCAUCAGUCAUCCACCUGCUCUGACCGGAGCUGCACAGUGUCAAAGCUCUAGUCGCUGUGACCAGGACAGCGUUCCUCUCAAACCUUCAUACAAAUAUCUUUUUCUUUUUUCCUGUUCUGAUACUGUUCUGUUUUCGGGGUAGAUCUGUCUAUGAUACCUGUUAUUGGAACCCAACUGAUACUGGAUUAAUUUUUUUAGGCCAGUACAUAAAAUAUCCUGAUGAUAUACUGUAUGUGAUGAUGCAUGAAGUAUUCAAAAAACAUAAAACCUAAAUUAAGAGAGAUAAUCACUAAAAUUAUUCUGCAUAUAAACCAACAGUGAUACAAUAUUUCAGUCUGACCUCAAAUAAUAAUACUAUAGGCCAACAGUUGGGCUCUAUGCGUGACUUCUCCAAGACUUUGGUCAGAGGGUGGGGCAGUGAGUCAGUCUCUGAUCGUAGCUCUGGUGCUGACUGUUCUGUAGAAACUCAGACAUGAAGUCAAAAUUAAGGAAUGUGUCACAUGGGUUAGAGGAGAGGGAAGGGGGCAGCCAAGAAUCCCCUUUUAGGCAGAUCAAAUUGUUGUUGCAGUGCUUGCCGAAUAAUGAAAGGUGGCGGGUUCGUCAGAUUCUCUGAAACAUUCCACUCUUUCCAACUUUAAAGUCACAAACAGUGCCAGUAAUGAUGUCGUUUCACACCAUACAUUUUAAUUACAUAUUUAAACCAGCAGAAUGAUGAAAUGUAAUACAUGUAUACAGUUAGAUUUAAAUGCUAAAUUGAGUCCAUUCUGAUUUGAAGAAUGGAUUUUAAUGGAGUAAAUUAAUCUGUGUUUACGUAAAGGCCUCAAUUUAAAUAGUAUAUUCACCCCGGCCAGUCACUUUAACUAUCAGUUGAUUUGAUUAUUGUAACUUAAGUGCUUAGGAUGAAAACACAUUUGCAAUAAGUUAUGAGUUAUUCAAUAUAACCAUGACACCAUACCAGACGCACAAAGCAUAAGUAAUAAUUCUUACAGUCAAAUGACUGGUCUUAAUAAACCGGUUUAGAGGUUUGCUUUGACUGUUAACAGUUCACAUUUCAGACUCAGUUUACUAAGCUGAACUGAAAUGAAUUGCAGUCUUACAGACAGGGUAUAAUCAGCACAAACAAAUUAUCACAUUAAUUAUUUACAUUAGAAUGAUUACAUGUGAUGCAAUUGUUUUGUGGUUAAACAAAAGAAGUGAUCAAUGUAUAUUGAAACUGAUGUAGUAGCCAGAAAUUAUAUUUUAUUAGCACCUUUCUUGUGGUAUAUAAUUACUUUUGAAGGUAUGUUGUACUUAUUUUGCCCUUGUUGCGGCAAGGGCCUGUUUUCUUUUUCUAUAAAGACUCUCAGCAGUCUGUGAUUAAUUGGAGCAAUCCAAAGUUUCUACUUCACUUAACUUCUUUAUCAUGUGUCAAAUGAAAAUGUAAUUAGCUAACAGAAACAACAAAAAAUGAGCAUUUGAGAGGUUUCAGUGCCAAUGUGAAUUCUUAGUUCUGGUCUCAAAGUUCAUUAAGAAAUACAUUUUUUUGAGACAGAACAGCAAUAUUGAGGUCAUUUUUAUUUGAUAUCGGUGAUGGGAAAACUCUACAUUUCUUUUUAUUAGCAUGGUUCACACUACAGGGUUAUUUUCUUACAGAUUUAGAUUAAAGGUUCAAAUACAGUUCGUGACCAGAAAAAUAGAAACCCUGUCACCGUGACAGACCAAUGCAGUUGUUUUGUACCUUAACCGUGUGUGUAAAUGUGAGUGGAUAUUUAAAAUUCAAACCACAGCCUCAAAGUUAUGGAGUGGAAUAAACAAUCAAUACAAAAUGCAAAAUGCAAUUAGGAUUUCGAAAUUUUGAAAUUAUUGACAAAAUUUUCUGAACAUUUUUACUUUCUGGCCCUGUCAUGAUGGAAACGUGUUUAUUUAAAGUGUAUCAGGGCCUUGGGAUAUGUUCCAAACUACCUGUGCUAUCAGAAAUUGGACAGACUUGUCUAAACAUGGAAGGUUAUUUCUUAAACUCAUGGUCUAAUAGGUCAAAACCUGGAUGUUAUCUAAUAACUGUGGCAAGCUGUGAGUUCAUCUCAACAGUCUUCAGUCACUGGCUACUAGUCAUACCUACAUGUGUGAAUGUACAAUUAAAUGUACUACAGGCUGGGAGGCGCUACAAGGAGAGAAAACAUUGGGUUAAACAUAAUUAGUCGUAUAUAAUGAGAGGUGGAAGCCAUACUAGAUUGUUGAGAUGAAAGAAUAUGUGGUGCCACAGUAGACCUCAACUUACACUGUUACUGUCUGAGAAAAAGGGCUUCAACUAUGCACUUUUCCUAUAACAAAACAAAAAAUAAAAAGAUUGAAUCGUG